GACGCUUUCGUAGCAUUUGUAAACAGAAGGGGUUUCGGAGAUGACGUGAGUAGCGAUGGCAUUCUUACGGAAGGUUUAGGAAACCUGAAAAACGAGAAGUGGAAGGAUAUGAGAAGCAUCCUCACACCAACAUUCACGACCGGCAAGCUAAAACAGAUGACUCACCUUAUCAACGAGUGUGCCAAUACAUUGAAGACUAACCUUGGAAAGCUGGCCGAUGAAAGGAAACCAUUUGAGACGAAAAGCAUUUGGGGCGGCUUCACGCUGGACGUGAUCAGCAGCACGAUGUUUGGCCUGCAGGCGGACUCACAGCAGCAGGGCAAAGAGUCGCCCUUCGUUAAACACGCCAAGAGCGCCUUCGACUUCCAUCCGUUUCACAUAGCCCUCGGCGUUAUAUUUUUUUUCCCGAUACUUACUCCACUUCUGAAGCUGUUAAAAAUACAAUUCAUUAAAAAAGAAGAUCAAGACUUCUUUGUCAACCUCACUACGAAGACUCUGGCGCUUAGACGAACUUCUAAAGAGGUACGACCAGACUUUCUCCAGUUGAUGAUGGACGCUCACAAGGAAAUGCAUGGCAAAUCUGGCGAAGUUCACAACGGUUUGACGGACACGCAGAUCCUCGCACAAUCCCUGAUCUUCUUCCUGGCCGGUUACGAGACGACGACAACGCUGCUGUCAAUGUGGUCCUACUGCCUCGCUACCAACCCAGAGUGGCAGACGAAACUGCAGCAGGAAGUGGAUGACGUGAUAGGCGGUACCGAAAUCACUCACGCCAAGAUUAAAGAGUUGCCGCUCCUGGACAUGUUUAUGAGUGAGGUCUUGCGC